AGCUACAUAAAAGACUGCACCUGCACCAAAGUUCUUUUUUCUCUCUCUCUGCCUCCAAAAAACGUCGUCAGGCUGCAUGCAAUCUAUAGGAUCCAAACAUUGUUACAUUUUAAAACCAACUUCAGUGAGCUAUAAAUAUGAGGCGCUCCAAACACACCCUCCCUUUGACUUCUGCCAAAAAAUGACCACAAUGCCGAGACGACUGGAGGUCCAGAGCUCGAUCCUCCCCGGUGGGGACUGCUUUAACAUGUGGCAGGACUACAUGAAUCUGAGCCAAGUGUUCGAGAGACUGUGCAGCAACCGUGAGGUUGAAAACCGAGACACCGAGCGUCCAAAGAAGGGACAAGCGCCCCCCUGGAGUAAGGUCCACACUUCCACUCGGGGGAAGAAAUCCUCCAAAAACUCAUCGCAGUCCAGUCCGACCAGCAGCGCGUCGGACACCAGCAGCAGCGCGUCAUCCUCGGACUACUGCCGCUUCUGCAAGCAGAACGGGGAGACUCCGAGGGUGUACCGAUCUCACAAGCUCAAAUCAGACGACGGGAAAGUUUUCUGCCCCAUCCUCCGGAACUACACCUGCCCUAUCUGCGAAGCCACCGGUGACAGCGCUCACACACGCAGGUACUGCCCGCAGAUGAAGUGGGAGGCGGCUGGGAGGAUGGAGACAGGGGCCAAGUUCUGGUAGCUGUUGAAAACUGCGAGAAACUGUACAUAUUUACCGAACUGUUUGGGGUAUGUGUUCAUGUUGGCAGAGACCGUUUCAGUUCCAAAGACUGUUUCAUGUUUGACUGUCAAACACUCCGCUACAAUCUGCAGCAAGGAGCCCUCAUCCAUCACAUCUGGAGCCACGAGCCGGAGCGCUCUCGCUCGCCAGUACGCGCAGGCUCAACGGGAGAAAACUGCGCCAGCUUUGGGGGUGUCCCAAGUUCUGGUAGCUGCUGAAAACUGAAGCUGAGAGAAACUGUACAUAUUUACCGAACUGUUUGGGGUGUGUGUUCAUGUUAGCAGAGACCGUUUCAGUUCCAAAAACUGUUUCAUGUUUGACUGUCAAACACUCCGCUGCAGUCUGCAGCAAGGAGCCCUCAUCCAUCACAUCUGUGGAGCCCCGAGCCGGGGUGAGCGCUCUCAAACCUUGGAAAAAAUUAAAGUCUUUAAAGUC